CUCAGUCUGAAAUGGGAAAGAGUUCACAAAUUCAUGUGGUUCACACCGGGGACGGAAGACUGUGAUGUCCCACAUCACCAGAGAGUUUUGGCACUAGUCCGUUGAUGAUUCUUAAAUGCGUAGACGUUCAUCGAAAAUCGUGAACAUAGAAGUGUGCAAAGUAGACAAUAGUUCUUUUUCAAAUGGUUAGGUUCUUUUCUCGGAAUUUAUACUUGAUCAAUAUCAAAAAGCAGAGAACUUGGGAAUGCUAAAAUGAGGCUAUUCUUGUCAUUGAAAAUCCCUCCCUUUCUUUUCAAAACUUCCCUCAAUUUUCUUCAUGGAAAAACCCACAAGUCUUUAGGCCUCUUCCUGGAAGUUUAAGCUUUAAAGUCAUUCCAAAACCCCUAUAAAACCCAAGCCAUUUUUGACACAAUACUUAGUCUUGGUCACACGCAAUUUUUUUCAUGACCUUACUCUGUUUCUUCCAUCCAAAGUUCCACUUUCCUUCUUGAACUUCAAAUUUUCAUACUCAUUUUGUGUUCCAUUUGAUCAUCAAGUUUCUUUAAACUGGUUUAAAGGGUUCAUUUCCUUUAACAUAAUCUUCUACUUCUCUGUAAAUUAUUGCUUUGAUAUGGGCAAAGGAGGGCAGGACUACUACCUUAAGCAAGAACUUGCAGGUCCAAGAGCUUCCAACCAUGAAAAUUUUCCUGCAUGGGCUAAAGAAGUUGAAGAAUGCGAAAAAAGGUAUGAAGCCAAUAAAGGGUCAGGCUUGAAUUCUUGGGAUGUCAAAAAACGUCGAGAAAUUUAUGGUUACAAUGAACUGGACAAGCAUGAUGGACCAUCUUUUUGGGAUUUGGUUCUAGACCAAUUCAGUGACACUCUGGUUAGGAUAUUACUUGGGGCUGCAAUCAUCUCUUUUGUGCUUGCUUGGUAUGGCGGUGGUGGCGAAGGCGGAUUGACGGCCUUUGUGGAGCCUCUGGUCAUUUUCUUGAUCUUGAUUGUGAAUGCACUAGUUGGGGUGUGGCAAGAGAGCAAUGCUGAGAAAGCACUGGAAGCUCUCAAGAAAAUUCAAUCAGAGCAAGCAGCAGUAAUUAGGGACAAGAAGAGAAUCCCCAAUUUGCCCGCGAAAGAGCUUGUGCCGGGUGACAUUGUUGAGCUCAAGGUUGGAGACAAGGUGCCUGCAGAUAUGCGUGUGCUAAAACUGAUAAGCUCGACGUUAAGGAUUGAACAAGGGACACUGACAGGGGAGAGCGAGGCGGUCAACAAGACUAACAAAGCCGUGGCUGAGGAUGCUGACAUCCAAGGCAAAAGAUGUAUGGUGUUUGCUGGGACAACUGUGGUGAGUGGGAAUUGCAUUUCAUUGGUGACACAGACAGGUAUGGGAACGGAGAUGGGAAAAGUCCACAGACAAAUUCAUGUCGCGGCUCAGAGUGAGGAUGACACUCCAUUGAAGAAGAAGUUGAAUGAGUUUGGAGAGGUCUUGACUAAGAUAAUUGGGGUGAUAUGUGCAUUGGUUUGGAUUAUCAAUUUUAAGUACUUCUUCAGCUGGGAGUAUAAUAACGGGUGGCCUAGAAAUUUUAAGUUCUCAUUCGAGAAGUGCACCUAUUACUUUGAGAUUGCAGUGGCGUUGGCUGUGGCUGCAAUUCCAGAAGGCCUGCCUGCAGUGAUCACAACAUGUUUGGCUCUUGGCACACGGAAGAUGGCUCAAAAGAAUGCUCUUGUGCGAAAAUUGCCUAGUGUUGAGACUUUGGGUUGCACUACUGUGAUUUGCUCUGAUAAGACGGGUACAUUGACCACUAACCAAAUGGCGGUGGCAAAGCUUGUAGCUAUGGGGAUCACACCGGGUAGGCUUAGAAAUUUUAAGGUGGACGGGGCUACUUAUAAUCCUUUUGAUGGCCAAAUUCAUGGCUGGUCAGUUGGUGAUAUGGAUGCCAAUCUUCAAAUGAUUGCGAAGAUUGCUGCUGUAUGUAACGAUGCUGGUGUGACACAGUUCGAAAACAAGUAUGUUGCCAGUGGAAUGCCUACUGAGGCUGCUCUAAAGGUUCUAGUUGAAAAAAUGGGCCUACCUAAGGAAUUUGAUGAUCAAAUAUGUUCAAGUCACAGUGAUUUGUUACGGUAUUGCCAAAAAUGGAAUCAAAUUGAACGACGAAUUGCCACUCUUGAGUUUGAUCGUGAGAGGAAGUCCAUGAGCAUUAUUGUCAGCUCUCUAUCGGGAAAGAGGUCAUUGCUGGUGAAGGGUGCGGUAGAAAAUGUAUUGGAGAGGAGCAACUCCAUUCAGUUGCUUGAUGGUUCUGUCAUGGAAUUGGAUCAAAAUUCAAGAAACCUUAUUUUGCAAUCCCUCCAUGAAAUGUCAACGGCUGCCUUGCGCUGUUUGGGUUUCGCAUAUAGAGAUGAGCUACCUGAGUUUGCAACAUACGAUGGUGAGGAAGAUCAUCCAGCUCACGAGCUUUUGCUCAAACCAUUGAAUUAUUCAUCAAUUGAGAGUAAACUCACCUUUGUUGGAUUGGUUGGAUUGAGGGAUCCCCCUCGAGAAGAGGUUCACAAAGCAAUCGAGGACUGCAAAGCAGCUGGGAUUCGAGUUAUGGUCAUCACGGGAGACUAUAAAAAUACAGCAGAAGCUAUAUGCCGUGAAAUUGGUGUAUUUGAACCCGAAGAGGACAUUACUAUGAAAAGUUUGACUUGUAAAGAGUUCAUGGAUCUUAAUGAUAUGAAAGCUCAUCUGAGACAAAUUGGUGGGCUUCUGUUCUCGAGGGCUGAGCCAAUGCACAAACAAGAGAUAGUGAGGUUGCUCAAAGAAGAUGGAGAGGUGGUUGCCAUGACCGGUGAUGGAGUGAAUGAUGCACCUGCCUUGAAACUAGCUGAUAUCGGGAUUGCAAUGGGCAUUACUGGGACAGAGGUUGCUAAAGAAGCUUCUGACAUGGUGUUAGCAGAUGAUAAUUUUAGUACAAUAGUGGCUGCUGUUGGUGAAGGGAGAUCAAUCUACGACAAUAUGAAAGCUUUUAUCAGGUACAUGAUCUCCUCAAAUAUUGGAGAGGUAGUGUCCAUUUUCCUAACAGCAGCUUUAGGGAUUCCUGAGGGUCUGAUCCCGGUUCAGCUCUUGUGGGUCAACCUUGUCACUGAUGGACCACCGGCAACAGCCUUAGGAUUCAAUCCACCAGAUAGGGACAUCAUGAAGAAACCCCCACGUCGAAGUGAAGACUGCCUCAUCACUGCUUGGACUUUAUUCCGUUAUCUGGUCAUUGGGCUAUAUGUUGGAAUAGCAACUGUUGGCAUAUUUAUCAUUUGGUACACACAUGAUUCCUUCUUGGGCAUUGACCUCAGUGGUGACGGCCACUCUCUUGUGACAAACUCACAGCUUCUCGAUUGGGGCCACUGCUCAUCCUGGGAGAAUUUCACAGUUUCGCCUUUUACAGCGGGGACACAGGUUUUCUCGUUCGAUAAUGACCCUUGUGAUUAUUUCAAGCACGGCAAAGUGAAAGCUACAACUCUCUCGCUUUCUGUCUUGGUAGCCAUCGAAAUGUUCAACUCUCUCAAUGCCCUUUCAGAAGACUCUAGCCUUCUAACAAUGCCUCCGUGGGUCAAUCCAUUUCUCCUUCUGGCCAUGUCCAUCUCGUUCAGCUUGCACUUUCUGAUUCUGUACGUGCCAUUUCUUGCUCAGGUGUUUGGUACGGUGGCCCUUGGCUUCAAUGAAUGGCUCCUGGUCUUGGUUAUAGCAUUUCCAGUUAUUUUAAUUGACGAAACUCUGAAGUUUGUGGGAAGGUGUACCAGCUGGUUUUCAGUAUCACGCACAAGGCAAUCUUUGAAGCCUAAGCUGGAGUGAAAUACUUUGUGAAUAGGUGGAGAAGCCCCAAAAAUGCUGCCUUUCAAGCUUGGAAUCUUUAUGUCCUGUCACAGUUGAAUCUUCUGUACUACUUGGGGUGGUUUGAACCUUGCUAAACUGUUUUCCAUCCAUUUUCUUUUGGUUUCCUAGUACUAUUUCGUCUUCUAAGUUUGUCUAAAAGCUCAAAUUUGAUGCAUAUCGAAUUCGGGCUUGUUAUUUCUAGUAGCAACCUUUAGAAAUCAGGUUAUGUGGACAUCUCGGCUGUUUUAAGAAGUUUAUAUCUUGUAAAAUAUAGGCAUGCUUUAGAAUUAUCUUCCUAUUCCUUUC